ACCAGUCAUAUAUAUAAUUACUCCUACGGUGAACCUUAUCACUCAGAGAGCUCACCUCACCAGAAUGACUCACACUCUGGCUUUAGUUCCUAACGUUAGAUGGAUCGUUAUAGAAGAUGCCAAUGAGCCUUCAUCCAAAGUUGCAAAUAUUUUGAAAAAUUCUCAGCAUCCAUACGCUCAUUUGUACAUCCACAGAGAAUAUAAUGACCUGAAUCAUUACAGAGGAUGUGCGCAAAGAAAUCUAGGUAUAGCUUGGUUGAGAAACUCGUUCCAUGUCUAUGAAUCGUCUAUACCCACACCUAGUUCAAAAUCAAAUACAACGAAUCAUAGGAAAUCAAUGUCCCAGUCAACUUUUUACACACAAAUGGCAUCUCACUUUGAAAACAAAUACCGAAAAUCUACUAAUCCUUUCCAACGUAAAAGCUUAAGAAGUUCCACCAAUAGUCCUGUGUGGCAAGAUAAUACUUAUAACAAAAAUGGGAUAGUUUAUUUUGCGGAUGAUGACAAUAUUUAUGAUCUGGAUUUAUUUUAUCAAAUGAGAGAGAUAAAGAGUGUUGGGGUAUGGCCUGUAGCCUUUUGCGGUGGAAUAUAUCUGGAGAGGCCUUUAGUGGUUAACGGGAAAGUGGCGGAAUGGUUAGUAGCUUACGAUAAGAAAAGACCUAUGGCUACGGAUAUGGCGGGAUUCGCUGUCAAUCUCAAUCUUUUUUUAAAAAAUAGUGACGUUUAUUUUGACGAAUUACAUAAUCCAGAUGGGCUUGAAAGCAAUUUUCUCCGCAAAAUCGUAGAUUUGCAACAUUUAGAACCACUGGCGAAUAGUUGUACCCAAAUAUUAGUAUGGCAUACGCAAACAAAGAAACCAAUUCUCAAAUUAGAAUCAAACUUUAGAAAGAUGUACAAUGUAUCCUCAAUUCAAAAUAUGGAAAUUUAAAUUUUUAACAAUUUAUUCAAUUAUA